GUCUGGCCGAGAUGGUCACAUACUUGCCGGUUGCUUCGCCCUUUAUUACCUUCGCUGGACGCUAUGUCGAUGAUGCUUUUGGAGUCGCCGCUGGCUACAAUUUUUUCAUCUUCGAAGCUGCGAUGGUGCCGUUUGAAGUUACUGCAAUCAACCUGGUCAUUAACUACUGGACCAGCGCAAUCCCUUUACCAGCACUGAUUUCUAUCGUGCUUGUUCUCUUUGUGUUCCUGAACGUGUUUGCCGUGAGGUGGUACGGAGAGGCCGAGUUUUGGCUCUCUCUUAGUAAAGUUAUACUCAGCAUAGGUCUAAUCCUGUUCACAUUCAUUACGAUGGUGGGUGGGAACCCCAUCAAUGAUCGCUUCGGAUUUCGGUUUUGGAACGAACCCGGCGCGUUUGCAGAAUAUUACAAAGAAGGCAGCUUGGGAAGAUGGAUGGGGUUCCUCGCGUGCCUGAUCCAAGCCAGUUUCACUAUUGCAGGCCCCGACUAUAUUUCAAUGGCUGCUGGUGAAUCUAUCGAUCCGCGGGGGAAUCUACCAAAGGCAUACAAUGGGAUGUUUUACCGCCUCACUACAUUUUUCAUCCUGGGAGCGCUCUGCGUUGGCAUCCUUGUCCCGUACAAUGACAAGACGAUGUCCGAUGCUUUUGAAAACGGUGCACCUGGAGCGGCAGCGUCUCCCUAUGUGAUUGCGAUGGGCCGUCUUGGUAUUCCUGUGCUACCACAUAUUGUCAAUGCUAUGAUCCUUUUGGCCGUGUUCAGUGCAGGGAACAGCUAUGUUUACUGUGCCAGCAGAACCCUAUUUGGCCUUGCUCUUGACGGGAAGGCGCCGCGCAUUUUUACUAGAUGCACAAAAGCUGGAGUUCCUGUAUACUGCGUGGGCGCUGUUAUUCUGAUUUCCUUGAUCUCGUUCCUUCAAGUUUCUAACAGCGCGGCGGUAGUGCUAGAUUGGAUCGUCAGCCUGGUUACUGCAUCGCAACUCAUUAACUUCUCUGUCAUCACCUUCACAUACACCCGAUUCCGCAAGGCUCUCAUUGCGCAAGGCGUUUCUCGCGAUUCCCUUCCCUACAAAAGUUGGGGGCAACCUUACGUUGCGUAUAUCGCUCUAGUAUCAACAAUGGUUAUGGCUUUUGUUGGAGGCUAUGAGGUUUUCUUGCCUGGGAAGUGGAAUGUGCCGACAUUUCUCUUUUCAUACACGAUGAUUGGCGUUUUCCCUGUGCUCUACUUUGGGUACAAGCUUCUCCGCCAAACGUCGGUUAGGAAGGUUGAAGAGAUCGAUAUCAUUACAGGUUUGGAUGAAAUUGAGGAAUAUACCAGAAAUUACGUCCCUGAAAAGGCGAGUAACCCCAUCUCGAGAUUCGCCGACUGGUUGUUCAGUUAGUGUACUACGUGCUACGUACUACUUGGUACUAGUAGAGUACUGUAUAGCGACCACAUUACAAAAUUAGAACCCGUCCGUGGGUAGUUACGAUAGACGAAUAAAAAAAGAACUAUAUAUAUAUGUAAACUUCCAGGCACAGUUCUAUAUAAAAAUCACUUGGUGCUUGCUAC